AUUAUUAACUUUUGCUUUACUGAAAUGCCUCCUCUAUUUUUAGACAAGGAUGCAGUCACUAUCAGUGAACCAUCAUAACCUUUCAAUCAGUACAGUUUUGGGAAAGAUGAUCCAGCAAGAAGGCCUCCUCCGACCGCUCAGGGGCAUAGAAGUCGCAGUGGUUGGUGCUGGACCUGCUCACGCUCUUUACUUUUCAUGUUACGAAUUCUUAAAAGAAGUUUUAACGACAAGGUUUAAUGUCAAUAACCACGUAGCCCAUGGAUUUUCUGGGUGUUUGGCAACUGUUCUUCAUGAUGGCAUAAUGACACCUGCUGAUGUUGUUAAGCAGAGGAUGCAAAUGUACGACAGUCCCUACCGAGGUGUCAUGGACUGCAUGAGGAAAACUUACAGGGUAGAAGGGUUUGGUGCAUUCUACAGGUCGUACACAACACAGCUAGCAAUGAACAUACCUUUCCAAUCGAUACACUUCAUGGCAUACGAGAUUGCACAAACAAUGACAAAUCCUACGAGGGAGUAUAAUCCGAGGGCUCACAUGAUAUCUGGUGCUCUUGCUGGAGGUAUCGCUGCAGCCAUCACCACACCGUUAGAUGUCUGUAAGACCCUUCUCAAUACACAAUCAGAGGGAAAAUUAAUGGUCCGAGGGUUUCUGAAUGCCGUAAGGACAGUAUACAUAUUAGGUGGUCCAUUUGGGUUCUUCAAAGGGCUCAGUGCGAGAGUUAUGUUCCAAAUGCCGGCAACGGCAAUCAGUUGGUCCACGUACGAGUUUUUUAAAUAUUUCCUAAUAUCGAGAGGUAAAGAAGAUCACCAUCAUGAGGAUAAAAAGAGGGAAAUAGGAAGUGGUAGCGGCAUCGGCAGCAGCCUAUAUGGUGUACCAUGUGUGGCAUUUGCUGCUGCACCAGAAACCAACUUACUCGAAGUCAGUCGUAGAUAA